AUGAGUGAAGAUGCGUUAUUUUUGCAGCAAGCAGCUGAAGCUAUUGUAGCUACCAGUUUGAACGCUGCAAAUGUAGAUCCAACUAUUAAAGAGCUUCUCAACCGCAUUAAGUAUGUCAACCCGACCAAAAAUACAGAUCAUGCAGCUCAGCCAAUACCACCAGAAAACAAGACGGUUCUUAACUACUUUGAUCAGCUUCUCAGUAAUGCCGAUGAAAUUAGCAGGCAGGAUGAUUCAGCAGAUAAACUGAGCCAUAAGAGACGUAAAAAGUCACCCAGCGUCCCAAAGACGAAGGAAGAUGCGAAAUUCACAUCUGGGGAAGAGGAUGAAAGUCAUGCAAAGAAAUAUCCUUGUAUUAAAUGUGAUCUCGUAUUUCGUCGUUCCAGUGAUCUUAGAAGACAUGAAAGAGCCCAUCUGCCGAUUUUGCCAAACAUUUGCUCUUUAUGUGGAAAGGGUUUUGCCCGUAAAGAUGCGCUAAAGAGACAUUACGACACACUUACUUGCAAGAGAAAUAGAGAGAAACUUUUAAGUAUUGGUGGGGACAUCAAUGAAAUUCUCGAAAAAGCCCGACAAAACGGUGCAAAUGUGUAA